AUGUCCACCACAGACACCGCGCAAGAUGCGCACGAUUCAACCCUGAAAGUCGACUCCGUAUCCCUGACACUGGGCACCGAUUCUCUCCUCAUCAUCGACGACCGUCCAGCUCGUCCAAACCGUCGCUGUUGUGGUCUACUCAAGUCAUCGUCCCAAACCACACACGCCAUCUCGCUUUACAACGUUCUCGGCGCGGAAGUCACAGCAUCCAACAUCGUCAUCGCCUACGCGCAACCAGCCGGUAAGGACGAUGUAGCCGUCGCAACGGUUCAAUACCCCAUCGCCGAAAAAGAAAAAAAAGCCGUCGAGGCGUGGGUUGUGAAAUUGGUUGAUCAAGCUUAUGGCAAGGCAAUGCGUGGGAAGAAACUGAAGGUCUUGAUCAAUCCCUUCGGUGGCAAAGGCGCAGCGGCCAGUCUGUACCAGAGGUAUGCGGCGCCGGUCUUUGCAGCUGCAAAUUGUCAGGUUGAUCUGCAGAGCACCGAGCACCGCGGGCAUGCCAUUGAUAUCGCAGAGAAUCUCGAUGUCGAUGCUUAUGAUGCCGUCGUUUGUUGCUCAGGUGAUGGGCUGCCGUAUGAGGUUUUCAAUGGCCUUGGUAAGCGGCCUGAUGCCCGGACUGCGCUGGUGAAGACUGCUGUUGCUUUGCUUCCUUGUGGUUCUGGCAAUGGGAUGACGUGGAACGCCUUCGGCACUGGAAGUGUCUCCAUUGCUGCUCUGGCUAUUGUCAAGGGACUGAGGACGCCGUUGGAUUUGGUUUCCAUCUCACAGAAAGAUUCGCGCACGCUCUCUUUCCUCUCCCAGUCUUUCGGUAUUGUUGCCGAGUCGGACUUGGCCACUGAAAACAUCCGGUGGAUGGGCGCUCAGCGGUUCACCUACGGUUUCUUGGUUCGCCUGAUGCGGCAAACGAUAUGGCCAUGCGACCUGACCGUAAAGGUGGAUAUUGGCGACAAGGAGGCCAUUAAGGAGCAUUAUGCUACGUGGUCCACGCGCCCUGAGGAGUCGGAUGUCGAUACCAAACGUCUCGAGGCUGCGGCACAGUCACCAACACUACCAGAGCUCAAGUACGGUACAAUUGCAGACGACGUGCCAAGUGACUGGCAAGUUGUUCCAGGCGAAACGAUGGGCAACUUCUAUGCCGGAAAUAUGGCAAUUGUGUCGAAGGACACAAACAUGUUCCCAGCUACCCUACCCAACGACGGACUGAUGGACGUGAUCACCAUUGACGGCAGAGUCAGCCGUGGCACCGCAAUCACAAUGAUGAACGAGAUCCCUAGUGGGCGCUUCUUCGAUAUGCCAGAGCUUAAUAUCCGCAAGGCAUCUGCGUUCCGUCUUGUGCCCCACCAAAAGGAAGGGUACAUUAGCAUUGAUGGCGAACGUGUGCCCUUUGAAGCGUUCCAGGCUGAAGUCCACCAAGGGCUCGGCACGAUUCUCACCAAGUCGGGUCGCCUCUACGAAGCAGAAGGACCUCGUUAA